CCUCUUCUCCUCCCGUUCCUCCUUCUUCAAUUGUCAUCGCUCCGCCUGGGCGCUGCGUCUACGCUGCCUACCCCAAACAUUAAACCCCUUUACCUUCCGCUCUUAGCCUCAUCGUCCGAACGACCUCUUGAUUAGGAAGUUGACUUUGGUAGAUAGAUAGAUGAGGGAGCGAUGGGUGUGUAAUCGUCUGUUGAGAAAGAAGCGCCGAAGGCAUGCUAUAAAAUAGCGGUAGAAGCUCGGCAGUCCAGCACCCUUGACAUAGGAUCGUUGACAGGUCAGUCGCGCUCUAAUAACAACAUAGUGCAAUAGCCGCUACGCAGGGGUCGAUCAGUGCUUGGUUAAAGCAACGCGUCUCUGGAGACGUCAAGCUUGGACUACUCUCCAGCGGCACCAACUACCGGUCGACAUCUGUGGUCCCGUGGCCGGCGACAUGGCUCAUAGCUUGCCCUCGGGGGUUCUCUCUCGACGGACAAUCACACCCUCCUUGCCUCGUUCAUCUAUCUGCCAAACUCAACUCCCCAAUCAAGACGCCGGUCCGCCAUGCCGCCUGUCUUGAGCGCUUGGCCAAGAUCAACGGACGCCGCUAGAUUGAAGUUGUAGACCCUAAGGGAUGUCGCAAUUGAGUUGCCCUCAUCACUUCAUUUGCAUCAUUAACUUCCUUCCCCCCUCGUUCAUUUAUCUGCCCAACUCAACUCCCUAAUGUGGAUGGCGCUCCGCCACGUUGCCUGUCUUGAGCGCCUGGCCAAGAUCAACGGACACUGCUAGAGUGAAGUUCUAGACCAUAAGGGAUGUCGCAAUCAAAAUGCCCUCAUCACUUCGUUUACUGAACUACUUCCAAGUAGGAAGCUGUCAGUCUAAUCUCUCUCCCUAGCUUACAGGAGCUGACGACGGUGAGCACAAUCUUGCAAGAUGAUAACCUUGCUUAUUCCUGUCCAACUUUCUAUAAAGCCCAGCCAAUAUCCCCUCUCUUAAGUUUUACCCUCAUCCUCACUAUCUCCUCUUUAUCACAUCACCAGUCUUCUUCAGAACAUCAUGAAGUUCGCCCAGAGUCUCAUUGCCCUCGCGGCUGCCUUCCUGCCACUGAUCGCCGGUGCCCCAGUCGCUGACCAGCCACACCUGAAAAUCCGCAACCCUACCGCCCAGAAUGUCAUCCCCAACAGCUAUAUCGUUGUCUUCAACAAGGACAUUGAGGCUGAGGACGUCGAAUCCGAGUUUGCCUCCGUCAACUCCAUUCUGAGCAAGCGCAGCUCCACCCACAAGGGCAUCGGCAGCAAGUACAACCUUGCUGGGUUCAAGGGCUACCAGAUUGAGACCGACACCGCCACUAUUGGCGAGAUCGCCUCAUCGCCUCUCGUCGCUUGGGUCGAGAAGGAUGGAAAGGUGCAAGCAAAUGCCCUGACCACCCGCACUGGUGCUCCAUGGGGUCUUGGCCGCAUCUCGCACAAGGCCGCCGGCUCUACCAGCUAUGUCUAUGACACUUCCGCUGGCUCCGGUGCCACCGUCUACGUUGUAGACACCGGUAUCUACAUCGGCCACAGCCAAUUCGGCGGCCGUGCUACCUGGGGAGCGAACUUCAUCACCGGCUCUGCCAACACUGAUGAGAACGGACACGGCACCCACUGCGCUGGUACUAUCGGCGGCUCCACCUACGGUGUCUCCAACCAGGCCAACCUCGUCGCCGUUAAGGUUCUCGACGCGGCCGGAUCGGGCUCCAACUCUGGCGUCAUUGCCGGUAUCCAGUGGGUUGCUACCAACGCCCAGUCCAAGGGCAUCGCAAACAAGUCCGUCCUCUCCAUGUCCCUUGGAGGCUCGUACUCCGCUGCCGUCAACUCCGCUGUGGCCUCUACCAUUAGCGCCGGUGUGACCGUCGUCGUGGCUGCUGGCAACGACGGCAAGAACGCCGCCAACUACUCGCCCGCCUCCGCACCAAACGCCAUCACCGUCGGCGCGACCGACAGCAAGGACGUCCGUGCUAGCUGGUCCAACUUUGGCGCCAGCCUCGACAUCUUCGCCCCGGGUGUGAGCAUCCUGUCUGCCUGGAUCGGCUCUUCGUCUGCCACCAACACCAUCUCCGGAACUAGCAUGGCCACCCCCCACGUUGCUGGCCUCGCCGCCUACCUCAUUGCUCUUGAGGGUCUCUCGUCCCCAGCCGCCGUCGCUGCUCGCAUUGUCAGCCUUUCUACCAAGAAUGUCGUCACCGACCCCAGCGGAAGCGUUAACGCUGUUGCUUACAACGGCAACGGCGCUUAAAUUCGCAGCAGGGCGCGCUAGGGCUAUCUAUCGAGGAAGAUCUCAAAAGAGGGAGAAUGGUGAUUACGCUGGGAAAGUCGGCCUCCGAGCUGUGAUGCUAGGUUUUAUGCUACAUGUACAUUGCAGCUAGGAGCACAGUCGCAAGGUGGGAAAGUUG